ACAGUAGUAAGUUAAGGAGUGUUGUUUGGCGGAUUCCUUCAAGUUUUUACCUUAUUUUAUGUCUGAAUUUUGUAAAAUUAAGAAAGUGCCAAUUGUUCGUUUCCAUAACUAGUCAGCUAGCUAAUUAUUUUAUCUAUCGAUAUAGGUACAGAAGAGGGUUUGGGGUGUGGUACACAGUAGGAAGGCAUCUUCGGCGAGCGGAGCGUCCGAAUCAGAGAGUUUAUAAUGCCGACGUUGCGGGACAGUAGCAUGUCUCACCCCGGCGAGAACCCUUACCAAGUCCGGGUAAAAGCUUACUACAAAGGGGACAUCAUGAUCACCCACUUUGAGCCGUCCAUCUCCUACGAGGAGCUGUAUGGGGAGGUCAAAGACAUGUGCUGCAUGGACAACGACCAGCUCUUCACCAUGAAGUGGAUCGACGAAGAAGGUGACCCGUGUACAGUAUCGUCUCAGCUGGAGCUGGUGGAAGCCCUGAGGCUCUACGAAGUCAACAAAGACUCUGAACUCAUCAUCCACGUGUUUCCAUGUAUCCCAGAGAAGCCUGGCAUGCCCUGUCCAGGAGAAGACAAGUCUAUAUAUCGUCGUGGUGCGCGGCGCUGGAGGAAACUCUACUAUGCUAGUGGUCAUGUCUUCCAACCCAAACGGUUCAACAGGAGAGCUCACUGUGCCAUCUGCACAGACCGUAUCUGGGGUCUGGGGAGACAGGGCUACAAAUGCAUCAACUGCAAACUGCUGGUCCACAAGAAGUGUCACAAACUGGUCAGCGUGGAGUGUGGUAAACAGAUCCAGGAGCCCAUCAUGGGGCCUGAUAGGGGGGCCUCCAUCACACCAUUAGACCACUCUGGACAGCCAGGUCCUCAGAACAAAGACUCCAGUGAGAGUCUGAACUCCGAUGGAGAAGAGAAAGAGGCGCGCUGCAGCAGAGACACGGGGAAGUCAGCUUCCAGUCUGGGUCUGGUGGACUUUGAUCUGCUGAGCGUGAUUGGCCGGGGCAGCUAUGCCAAGGUCCUGCUGGUCCGACUCAAGAAGACAGAGAGGAUCUACGCCAUGAAGGUGGUUAAGAAGGAGCUGGUCAACGACGACGAGGACAUUGACUGGGUCCAGACAGAGAAGCACGUGUUUGAGCAGGCGUCCAACCACCCCUUCCUAGUGGGGCUUCACUCCUGUUUCCAGACUGAGAGCAGACUGUUCUUUAUCAUAGAGUAUGUGAACGGAGGAGAUCUGAUGUUCCACAUGCAGAGACAGAGGAAAAUACCCGAGGAACACGCCAGGUUUUACUCCGCAGAGAUCAGCUUGGCGUUGAACUACCUUCACGAGAGAGGCAUCAUCUACAGAGACCUCAAACUGGACAACGUGCUGCUGGAGUCGGAGGGACACAUCAAACUCACUGACUACGGCAUGUGCAAGGAGGGCUUGAGGCCAGGGGACACCACCAGUACGUUCUGUGGGACCCCCAACUACAUCGCCCCUGAGAUACUGAGAGGAGAGGACUAUGGUUUCAGCGUGGACUGGUGGGCUCUGGGGGUGCUGAUGUUUGAAAUGAUGGCUGGACGGUCGCCCUUCGACAUUGUAGGAAGCACCGACAACCCAGACCAGAACACAGAAGACUACCUAUUCCAAGUAAUAUUGGAAAAACAGAUCAGGAUUCCUCGAUCGUUGUCAGUCAAAGCUGCCAGCGUCCUCAAGGGCUUUCUCAACAAGGAACCUAAGGAGAGGCUAGGUUGUCACCCCCAGACGGGCUUCGCUGACAUCAUGGGUCAUCCCUUCUUCCGAAACGUAGACUGGGACCUUAUGGAACAAAAGCAGGUGGCUCCUCCAUUCAAACCCAACAUCUCAGGAGAGUUUGGACUGGACAGCUUCGACACCCAGUUUACCAACGAGCCUAUCCAGCUCACGCCUGAUGACGAUGACGCGGUGAAGAAGAUCGACCAGUCGGAGUUCGAAGGGUUCGAGUACAUCAACCCUCUGCUGAUGUCGGCCGAGGAGUGUGUGUGAACUAGGGAGUGUGUGGGAGUGGACAGAGCACGCCACCUCGUGUCCUCGACGACGUCGUCACUAGUUAGCUCUGCAUGGUUACCAGACUACCCGGCAAUGACAUCAUCAAAGAGCGUCCUGCUGUUGAAUAGAGAGAGGCGGAGAGCCACCGAGGCUCUCAGACAAGAGACACUAACUUGCCAAACCAAUCUCACAUAGUGUGUCACAAAUGGCACCUUAUCCUCGACGUGUAGUGCACUAGGGAAUGGGGUGCCAUUUUCCCUCCCUGCCGCCUCCUCUCUCUCCCUCCCCGCCUCCUCUCCCUCCUUUCCCUUUCACAAAUGGCACCUUAUCCUCUACGUGUAGUGCACUAGGGAAUGGGGUGCCAUUUUCCCUCCCUGCCGCCUCCUCUCCCUCCCUCCCGCCUCCUCUCCCUCCUUUCCCUUUCACAAAUGGCACCUUAUCCUCUAUGUGUAGUGCACUAGGGAAUGGGGUGCCAUUUUGGACGAACGUCACUGUCCUUUUUUUUUUUUUUACCACUAGUCUUUUAAAACUACUUUCUCUCUCAAUUAUUUUUGUAUUGAUGUAUCAAAUCCGCACUGAUUUCCUCGUUGGUCAUCAGAGUGCAGGCUCUCAGUAGCCAAUGAGGCUUGGAGGUUGGUUACCUAGGUUACUGGACACAAAGGGAAGGGGGGGACACACACACACAGACGGUCCACAGAGAACAAACUAACCAUCCUCUCUUCUUCCCAGCUUGGAGGUUGGUUAAAUGCAUAUUUUAUUUGUACAUAAUAAGAAUGAUGUUUAGCCAAGACCUUUUAACCCCAAGCCAGAUCACCAGGGAACAUAGUUGAAAACGGUUUCAUGUUCACUACAUGUAUCAUGAUGAGCGUUGUUGCAGCACCAUGUUUGUAGAGGACUGAAGAAGAACAACAGCAUUUAAAAAAACAACAACCUAUAUAUAUUUUUCUCGUUUUAUUUAAUGAAAUGGCAGUCUAUGUACGCUGGUCAAUGUCCCCAACGUGUUACGCCGUCGUCAAGCCCGUUGGCUCACUUAUUGUUUACGUUUUGCAGUAGUAUUCGUGGCAACUUCCAGGACGGAGACGGUUCCAAGUUAAAGCGAUUGCCGUCUCAGCAGCCAACCAACACUAACUAACGUAGAUACUGACAAAAGGCACAUGUCAAAUGGCAUCCUAUACUAUAUAAAGAACGCAACAAAAGUACUCUACAAUAACACUGCGAGAUUUAGAGUUAGGGUGCUGUUAUGGAUACAACCACACUGUGAAUGAAAGAGUUUACUGUGAGGAGAAGAUUUGGAUACGAGUGGGCUGGACCACUAGCUGAGUUUAGUUAUAUGUCCCAAAUGACACACUAUGCCCAAUCUAGCGCACUACGUUUGGUCAUAGCCCUAUGUGCCCUGGUCAAAACUAGUGCACAAUUAUAUAUAUUUUUUUUACCUUUAUUUAACUAGGCAAGUCAGUUAAGAACAAAUUCUUAUUUACAAUGACGGCCUAGGAACAGUGGGUUAACUGCCUUGUUCAGGGGCAGAACGACAGAUUUCUACCUUGUCAGCUCGGGGAUUCGAUCUUGCAGCCUUUCGGUUACUAGUCCAACGCUCUCACUAGUUAGCUCUGCAUGGUUACCAGACUACCCGGCGAUGACAUCAUCAAAGAGCGUCCUGCUGUUGAAUAGAGAGAGGCGGAGAGCCGCCGGGCCUCUCAGACGACAAUAGACACUAACUUGCCAAACCAAUCUCACCUUAUACUCUACGUGUAGUGCACUAGGGAAUGGGGUGCCAUUUUGGGACGAAAGUCAUUCUUGCCAUUUGGGACACAACCUAGUAGUUUAUGCAAUCUGUCGUUGACAAAGAACCAAAACAAUAUUUUCUAAAGGAGAAAGAAAAGUUGUUAAAUAUGUUUUGUCGUUUACAGUGGUACAGUAUAUACACACACAGUAGGAAAAGCUGGUGUCCUAAUAUUAGCCAGGAAAAGUUUAUUUUUUUUCCCCUCUCUGUUCAUUUUUUUAAUAAAAUGCCUUUCUGAAACUCUUUUGUUUAUAUAUCUGUUUUCACAAUAUUUAAAAAAAAGUUUCUCCAGUUUUCUCAAGUCCAUGUCUGUGAAUCAGUUUGAAUAUGAAUGAUAAGGAUGGAGUCAGACCGUCGAUUCGAUCUCCUGGACCACUUCGGACCACUACAGAUGACGCUCUUGAAAGAGAUUUUCAUCAAAUCUAAUAAGAAACACUAUCAAAGCAUUUAACAGCUUCGAUUUAUAGUCCGAGUUCUGAAUAGAGGUUUAAAAAAAAUAAAAAAUGAUUAGUCUCAAAUGGCACCCUAUGCCCUAUAUAGCACACUACUUUAGAUCAGAGCUCUAUGGGACCUGGUGGGAAAAAAAUAAGUGCACUAAAUGGGGAAUAGGGUGCCAUUUAAGGUGACGAUUGGGAUGUUACCAAAGUGUUUUAAAGUGGUGCCAAGUGGUGAUUGGAGGAACAAACAACUCUUCAGAAUUUUUAUCAUGUUACUUUAUAUUGCAACGUAUUUUUGUUACUUAAAAAAAUAUAUAUAUUAAAAAAUAAAAUGUGCUGUUUCUCUAAUGAUUGAUCGCUACAUUGAUUGGUGAUUAUUGUUAUUGUGUGAAACCUGUUUGAAAACACUUUGAUGGGGAUGAUGUGUGAUUUCAUCCAGAGGUGCCUACUGAAAUGCUUAACAGGAUGUAAAAAAACUGAUUUCUCAAAAUAAACAUUUUUAUUUCC